UCGGCCUCUGAUGUGCUUUUCACAUCUGUUCACUGAAAGUCGUCUUUGGAGGUGUGCGUCCCGUGAGGUUGUACGCAGAAGUAAAGCCAAGUUUUGAUGAUGAUGAUGAUGAAGGUGGGGUUGCCCUUCUCUCUUCUUUCUAUUUGGCUCAGCUUCGGCAGUGCUGAUGCGAUGAGUUUAAAAGAGCCGCAGAUAUGCUACAUCUUGGAUGCGGUUCUGUUCAUCUAUGGGAUUGUUCUGACUGUCCUGUACUGCAGAAUGAAGAUGCGAAGUAAACAAGCAGAAAAAUAUUCAGGGAAGAAAGAUGCCGGUGAAGCGGUUUAUGAGGGUCUCAAGCCUCAUGAUCAGGACACAUAUGAGACCAUCAAAAUGAAAAAAGGAAAACAAUGAGACUCGAGGAAAAAGGAGGGAAGCAAGUUUCUGGACUUAAUACCACUGUCAUCUUAAGCAUGCCCCUACUGUAAAUAAGCUCUCGAAAGAAUAUUUUAUGUUUAUACUGUAAUAACUUUUGGUAAUCACUUACGUCAGGCUUUUUGUUUGCUGUUUGUUUGGCAGGCAGACACCAAUAUUCAAACAGAAUGCAAAAGGAACAUGUAUUUUUGCGUGAUUAUUCUACUUGUGGUUUAGUUUUACAUUUUUGAUGAAUGUAUUUUUGUCUUGCCUUUAAACUACAUUUUAAGCUUCUAACAUGUAUACCACAGCUGCGUGUCACUAUUUUUCGAGGCUAACUUCCUGCUCUAGCUUCAACAUGCCACCAACACCACAGAGUCCGAGUCAUUUCCUGUUUUAAAGAGUACAUGAGUGGUCUGACAAAAAGUGCAUCUGACUUUGACCACAGGUGUGAGAGAUGGAAACAGAGCAGUGUUUGGUUGUAUAAGUGUGUAGGCCUUUUCUUUCCAUUGGUUUAAGAAUAAGCACUCAUAUUGUUUUGCUGUGUGGCAAAACAAUUUUUUUUUUCUUUUUAGCUACAUUGUGGCGUUUGAGAAAACGACUAUAUAUGAAACAAAAAUCAUAUAGCAUUGAUGCUCAGAAUUUAUUAUAAGCGUAUUUAAUUAAGUGUGCCUAAAAUGUAAUUAUUUUGUCCAGUUAUGCUUACAUGUUGUGCUUUUUUUGGGCCAAUAUCUAUUACUGUCAUCAUGAAAUGGUUUCAUUUCCUUUCCACAAAAUAGUCUGUUUUCAGUUCUUGCAUAAGUGGAUUUGCAGAUAGAUUUGCAGAAACAUUUAAUUUUGUCAAAAUUAACAAGAAUCCUUUAAUAUUUGAUCAAUUUGUAAUGUAAACACACUUACAGUAUGUAAGAUGUAAAAUAAUAAUAAUAACAAGAGCACUGUAUUUAGACAGUGAAAUGACAUGGUCUUUGUUUUAAUUAUCUGUUGUUGUUUUUUUACCUUACAUCAAUAGAUUUCAGACAGUGGUGAUGAUACACAAUCCCUCUAUUCUUUUAUAAUUAUUUUAUUUUGUCAAAAUGAAAAAUAAUUUUAAGAAUAUUAAAAGAACAGUAUUUGACCUUUUGAAAAAUAAAAUGAAUAAAAUGUUUAUUUUAUGAAUUA